AUGGCGGACGUCCUGGCGCCUCCAUAUCACCAUUCUACUUCACAGCUCUGUCCUCAUGCAGGAGGUCAUUCCAAAAAGUCUCAUUUGCGGCCUGUAGGCCGCAUGAAUUCGCUGUCGUAUUGUCCAACCCGGAAGGCUUGGAUUCCCAAUGCGUACAGCGUGCCGUCACAGGUCUCAAUCUCUGGGGUGUAUUCGCCAUCAACGAGUAGCCUUCUUGAAUAUGAACCUGAGCUUCGUGAUAACGAAUUGGUGUUCCCGGAUUAUGAUCCUAGCCCCGACACAAACACGGACGAUGCGCAGCCCAGAAAGUCAACGUCUGACUCGAAACCGACGUCGGUCCGAGAUGACGAUGAUUUGUCUUCCGAUAUAUCUGAGGAACCAAGGACAGCCGGGGACGACAGCUGCGUAGAGCGGCGACCCACAAGGCAGGUCGAUUACCUUACCCAUGACUGGAAGGAUGAAGAAAUCUGGGGAUCAUGGAAAUAUAUGAAACGCAACGGAGGUUCUUUUCGAACUGGCCAGAGAUUAGAGAACGCUGCAUGGAGAUCAUGGACGAAAUCCUUCUACCGCCUCAGAACUAUUACACCCGAGUCCCUAAACUGGCUGAAAGAUGCCGACGUUACUUGGCUUUUUGGACCUUUACAGGAGGAUCACACGUCCUAUUCGUCCAGCCCUCCUCCGGCUUCUACGACUACAUCCACCUCCAACUCUUACCUGAGCCGAAAACCUAUCCUCAAGAAGACAUCCGUGUCUCAAGCCAUCCUCCAACAUUCGCUUUCCGCCAGUUCCCUCCUCCAACACAACUCUAUCAUCAAAUCCCAGAGCGAAGAUUUUCGUUUAGGAUUUAGUAGGACAGUUUCAGAUACGACUGUGCGUACCGCACACAUGGGAAGCCCACUACGAGCUACCAGAUCUACAUUAUCGACUACAUCUUCCGAUAUGCCGUCUCCCGGUAGCCGACGACACAUCACUUUUAACAGGGUGGUCUCGCAGGUGGUUGCGGUGGGGCGCGAGGACGAGGAAGAUGAAGACGACGAUGAGAAUUAUUCCUAUUCCGGCGAAUACUGCUUAUUGGACGAUGACGACUCUGAAGCUACCUUGGUCACAAUGAAGCAACUACAUCCACGGCGCUCAUUGAGCAGCACGCCAAGGAGCAGCUUCAGCAGCGACACCCGAACAAUCAUUGCGCAUCUACCGCCAACUACGUUAAAGUUCGAUAGCGAUUCCGAAACCGAGGACGAGGAUCAAUACUUUCGCUGGUCGGGAGAACGUCCAUCGUUCUAUCGAUCGGCCUCCACUGAUACUAUCAAGGUGCACGACACAGGAGAGGUCGAGACGUACCCCUCGAGUGAACAUCUCGAGUACGUUGAGUCCGAUAAUGCUUACAGCUGGCCUUUUAAAAGCACGCUAGCGGAUGUCCUGCCCUCCUCUCCAAGUCCCCCAGCCUCACCCAGUGCCUCGGAGGCCCUCACAGACGAUAAUGGGGACGAAGAGUGGUAUCUUUCGUCAUCAGGAGUUUUCAUGCCAUGUGCACAUGGGGAGCUCGCAAAAAGCGAGGAGGCUGAGGGCGACCGUCGCGCUCCCUAUGAUCUGCUUGGCAAAGCUGUUGACGUAGCUAACACCCUCCGAGAUAUCGUUCAUGUUCUUUGGAACGUCGGUUGGAGGCCCUGA